UGCCUCACCACAAGCGCCUUUCACAUUGGCUGGCAAGAGAUCCCGGCUCCAGCAGCUUCCCGAGACGUAUCAGCUGUCCGUGCAUUCUUUGCCCCUCUCUCUUCACCAUGGAGUUUUACAAGAAUCUGAAGGCAUCAGACUGGGCCGCCCUCCUGCCACUUGGCGUCACCUGUGUGGCUGUGGGCUUUGGUGCCAAGAUUCUCUUCGACAAGCAGUUUGGCACACCUGUGAACCCAUCCAUCCGUAAGGGUGAGUCCAAGGUGGUGGACUCGGUGGACAUUGAGGACCUGGGCAACAAGGCGGUGUUCUGCCGCUGCUGGCGAAGCUCCAAGUUCCCUUACUGUGACGGCAGCCACAACCAGCACAACAACGGCUGUGGGGACAAUGUUGGACCUCUCAUCAUCAAGAGUAAGGAGUAAAGACAAGCAUCAUCCCACUACUUGGCAGCUGAGCAUUGGUGUAAAUUUUGUGUUUGUACAUAGUCUUAGGUGAAAUUGUCUUUAACACCAUGCUGACACUGUCUGUUGACAUGGCACUGGUGCUGCAGGGUACACACCAGUCUCCUUAGGAAUACAGCUACAACAUGUUAAUAUAUUAGUUGCAACCGUUUCUGAUUAUGAAAUUGAGAAUAUGAAAUAUAUACUAUAUAUUUUCCAAAAGGUAAAGAAAAGAUUCUUAAUGUAUUCAGAAAACUGUCAUAGUUCUCUGUUCUUGCUUUUCUGUGGAGUUGAAAUGUAAUUUUGAAUAUCAAAUUAGAUGAAUUUACCAAUAAGAUAAAAAUGCCUGCAGUCAGGUAGGUAUUCCUAAGAACCUUUUGGCUGUGUUAUUCAUAAUGCUACAAUACUACAUGUAAGAUAUUUUACUCAUAUAGCUACUAAAUGAUGUGCUGUGUGAAUUUUGGAGUGGGAAAUAAACUUACAGUAUAAUUUCA